AUGCUUCGCGCCUCCCCCAAGCCCGAGGACGACGACAAGAAGCCCGAGGUUGUGGCGUUUCUGCGCCGGGACACCGCCCGCCAGCGACCCAAGCAGGGGAUGCUGGUGUACCUGGCCGCCGCCGCCACCACCGAGGGCCCCGCGUGGUUGACCCGGUCGCACAUCGCCACCAAGUACGAGGCCUACGCCACGACGAAGCCGCCGCGGGCGCUGGUGGUGGCGCCCGACUACGGCGCCUACGGUGGCAACGCCAGCGACGGCGCCGGCGCCCGGCGCCCGUUGAAACUACUGCGGCAGGCGCUCUACUGGCACACCCAGGGGCGCGGGCGCGACCCCGACGCCGUCGACGACGUCCUCAACGGCUACAACCCUCAGGCAGCCCCGGCGGACUACUACCACCCGCGAGAACAGCGCCAGACCUACCACACGUUCAAGUCCCACAUCCUGAACCGCGAGGACCGCGACAUCAAUCUGAUCGUGCGCCAGCACUAUAACCAGCGCACGAAAGUGCUGAAAAUCCAGGGCUCGCGAACCAAGCUGCCGAUAUACCGGUUGCGGACGUUUAACAAUGUCAUCAAGUAUAUGCUUCUAGGCAAUUUCGUCAAGCGGCGCCCCGACGCGCCGCUCACGUUUUUGGACUUGUGUUGCGGCAAAGGGGGCGACUUAUUCAAAUGCGAAUUCGUGGGCGUCGACCAGUAUAUAGGCGUCGACAUCUCCGACCAGCUGGUGCACGAGGCAUUCCACCGGUACUCGCAGCAGAAGGCGCGGUUCAAGCCGGGCCCGCACAGCCAGCGCGACCCGCGACGGUACAAUUUUGAAGCGUGUUUUGCUACGGGGGACUUGUUUUCAGUGGAGCUCCCCCAGAUCCUCGAGCCGAAUUUUCCCGGGAUCAUGGACAAGGUGUUCCCCGUCGACGCCGUGCUGAUCCAGUUCCUGCUCCACUACUCGUUUGAGACGGAGGAGAAGGUGCGCCAGCUUCUCGUCAACGUGCUGCGCUCGUUGCGGCCCGGGGGCACGUUUGUGGGGACUAUCCCAUCGCUGGACUUCAUCCGCGAUAAGAUCGUCCGCAAGGAUUUCCAGGUGAACGAGCUGAGCGAUCGGGUUAAAUUUGGUAACGACAUCUAUAGCGUGACGUUUGAUAACCACCCGCCCGUUGACGGGGUGUUUCGGCCGCCGUUUGGAAAUCGGUACGACUAUUUCUUACAGGACGCCGUCGAUAACGUCCCCGAGUACGUGGUGCCGUUUGAGACGUUGCGGGCAUUGUGCGAGGAGUACGGGCUCGUGCUCAAGUACAAGAAGAACUUCUUGGAGAUGUUUGCCGCUGAGAUUCCCAAGUACUUCUCCAAGUUGAACCGCAACUUGAUCGAAGGGUUGCAGCGCGACGACGGCAAGUACGGUGUCGAAGGGCUGAUGAAGGAGGCGGUGGCAUUUUACUUAGCAUUUGCCUUUGAAAAGGUGGGGUAA